AUGGUGGUACAUACAAACAUGGCGACGCCAUCACCACCCAAGCCUUGGGAGAGGGGAGGAACUACAGAGAAUCAAAAGACUGAUUCCUCUCACCUAGCAACAACGUCAAACGUUGAAUUACCUAUAUCACCCUCUAACCCAAGCUCAACGGCUGCACUUCCGUUAACGUCAACGUCAAGCGCUCCAGUGAUUCCUGAGCGGCCGGCAAGUCUUAACUCAGCAAUUCCUCGAAACGCCAAUGCGUAUCCUCCCUACAGUGCCAAUAGAGUCGGUGUAAACUCACCUUACGGGGGAAUCUCUUCGACAUACGGAAACCCAUACUCGAGAAUGGGCUACGGCGCCAUGGGCGGUAUGGGUGGGGUAUACGGUAUGGGUGGGAUGGGUGGUAUGGGCUACGGCAGUAUGGGCAACAUGUAUGGUGGUAUGGGCGCAGACCCAAACGACCCUAAUAGCUUGACAAAUGGUCUCACGCAGAACACUCAGGCUACCUUUCAAAUGAUCGAAAAUAUUGUAGGCGCAUUCGGCGGAUUUGCACAGAUGUUAGAGAGCACUUACAUGGCAACUCAUUCGAGCUUUUUCGCCAUGGUCUCAGUGGCAGAACAAUUUGGGAACCUUAAGAAUUCCCUAGGCUCGAUCCUAGGAAUAUUUACCCUGAUGAGAUGGCUUCGGACGCUCUUCGCCAAGCUAACCGGCCGACCGCCACCAAGUGACGCGAUGUCUCUCACUCCGCGAGCGUUUGCUAGAUUCGAAGGCCGGAAAUCUCUUCCUGAUGGCUCACCCGCUAGCUCGGCUCGACCAAGUAAAAAGCCAUUAUUAUUCUUUGCUGCCGCUGCUUUUGGCUUACCAUACCUAAUGGCAAAGUUGAUAAGAGUCCUUGCCGCAUCGCAGGAUGAAGAACAGCGUCGAUUAGCAGCCGCAGGACAAUUAGUAUCUCAACAAAUUGAUCCAUCAAAGUUGGAAUUUUGUAGAGUUAUUUACGACUUUACUCCCGAAUCAGGGGCUGCGGUAAAAGGUGUCGACCUGGAGGUCAGGAAGGGUGAUUUAGUUGCUGUCUUAAGCAAGAGCGAUCCAUUGGGGAACCCAAGCGACUGGUGGAGAUGCAGAGCCCGAGAUGGUCAGAUGGGGUACCUACCCGGUGUUUACCUAGAAGUAGCUAAAAGGCCAGGAAACCCAGUCGUACAAAUACAGAAUCCUGAACAGAAGAAAGAGCUUAAGAACCCCACCAUGAAGGCCUCUAUGCCCAUGGAGGAGAGCGAAAUGGGAGCUAAUAGCAUGGAAAGUUUUCAAAGGAGCCAAUUUAAUUCAUAA